AUGGCUCCUAUCUCUCUUCUCAUCAUGGCGCUCAUGCCUCUGCUCGCCCUUGCCAUGCCCACAGCUAUCCCCGCGACAGCGUCCGCAGUCGACGUACCCGGCAACGUUUUAGUCUGUACUGGCGAAAAUUAUAUGGGAGAAUGCCAAACCGUUCAGUUUAAUAUCGAAUAUCCUGGCGAAUGCCUGCCUAUUCCGGAGCCGUUCAAGAACAAUGUGGGGUCAUUCAAGCCAGACCGUGGUGCCAUCUGCCGUCUUUUCGCCGCCGAUCGGCCAGAUUGCACCGGCUCCGGUCUCUCGAUCUUGUAUUACCCUGGUCAGGCGGAUCUUCUGACGGACAAUGGAGAAUAUAUUGCCGGGCAUGAGGCGACCUAUUGGAGGUGCCAGACGUGCACUGGCUGCACCUAA